AUGUCUUCUAUCCUUCUUGGUCUUGCUGCCCUUGCGGCUUCCGUGAAUGCCCACGGUCACGUUAGCGGUAUUGUCGCUGACGGCGUCUACUACGGUGGUGCCGACCCUUCCUACUUCUACAAUGCUGCCAACGCCCCCGAGAACGUAGGAUGGGCCGCUAGCAACCAAGACAACGGUUACGUCGGUGGUGACCAGAGCACCUACGACUCUCCCGACAUCAUCUGCCACAAGGAGGCCAAGGCCGGAGCCGCUAAGGCUACCGUCGCUGCUGGAGGAACCAUCGAAUUCCAGUGGAACACCUGGCCCGAAUCCCACAUCGGCCCCGUCAUCACCUACGCUGCCAACUGCGGCGGUGACUGCACUGCUGCCAACAAGGAAGAGCUCAAGUGGGUCAAGAUUGACGCAAAGGGUCUUGAGGGUGGCAAGUGGGCCGCCGUCGAGAUGAUUGCCAACAACAACACCUGGGCCACCACGGUGCCCUCCACCCUCGCUGCCGGCGACUACGUCUUCCGUCACGAGAUCAUCGCUCUUCACAGCGCCAACAACGCCAACGGCGCCCAGAACUACCCCCAGUGUGUCAACGUCGAGGUCACUGGCUCCGGAACCGAGAACCCCGAGGGAACUGUCGGAACCGCUCUUUACACUGCCACCGACCCCGGUAUUCUCUACAACCCCUACGGCGGUGCUACCACCUAUGAGAUUCCCGGCCCAGCUCUCUUCGGUGAAGGCGCUGGAUCUGGAUCUGCCCCAGCUCCCGCUCCCUCAUCCAGCGCCGCUGCCCCCGCCCCCAGCUCUGCUGCACCUGCUCCUAGCUCGGCUGCUCCCAGUGCUGCCCCAUCAGUCUCUGCUGCCCCUGCUCCUUCUGCUUCCCAGCCUGCCACUCAACCCAAGCCCUCCACUCUCGUCACUUCCUCCAAGCCUGCUCCUACCAGCGGCUCUGGUUCCGGCGCUGCCGUUGCCAAGUACGGACAGUGCGGUGGCAAGGAAUACACCGGUGCUACUUCUUGCGCCGACAACUGGACUUGCAAGGAGCAGAACCCCUACUACAGCCAGUGCGUUGAGUCUGCUUAGAUCAGACCUCAUUUCUCAUUUGGUUGGUGACGUUAUUGUUCUCUGAACUAUUCGACGGCCUGGCGUAUUCAUAUUCAUGAAGACAUCUGGCUGAGAUAGAGCAAGUAGUUCGCUAGAUACGAACGCUUUUUAUGGUUGUGCUUUUUGGAGGACCUGUGGUUCUUUUGCCUUUAACGGCCUUACUUCUUCUGUUCACGUGUUUAUAUAUAUCAAAACAAUGCAUAUACAUACAUUCUUAACCUUGAUCUUCUCUGCAAGUGAUGCAUUAUGGGUUCUUUACGAUGGCACGACAAAGGUGAACUGCUUCAGACCUACUAACGCUAUAUUUGCGAUUUUGAUCUUU